AAACAACCCUAAUUUAUCAAAAUCAAUCUUUGAUCCCCUUUCUCUUCCUCCCCUUCGUUCUGUCGAUCCCCUUUCUCUUCCUCUUCUCCUUUUACUACGUUUCACAAGUCUUUAUCGCGAACGAUCAAUUCUCUUUCCACUCCUCUAAACUUUUCCUGGAAUAUAGAGAUUCAUACGUUGGUGAUGACCAACCACUGAACACCAUAGCCGACGAAACCCGGGUUAGCUAAGACUGGUGGUGAGGAAUCGGCUGGAAAAAGUCAGCUCUACACGGGCAGAUCUCCCAUCGCCUUUUACUUCAACAACAUCUCAUCAGGUCCAGCCAAAUCAGAGCUCUGAUUUCGCUUGAUCCACUUCUGGGAAGCCAGAAACAUUGCAAAGGUGGAACCUUUAUUUGCUUUGAGAUGCUCCUCAUCGACUACAGAUAAGCAGAUACCUCAUGGAGCAAAACGCUUGCGUUCUUCGUCGACAGGAAGGUCAUCAUCAUCAGUGUUCGGUAGAUCUAUAGCUCCGAAUGCAUCUCCGGUUUGGAUGCCACCUAAGGCGUCGUUGAAACCUCCACUUGAUUAUCCCUAUAAAGACAGAGAUAACAGAUACUAUGGUGAUGUACCGUUGGUUCGUUCGAGACAUAAAGGGUAUCAGCGGGAAGCUUCAGCUGUUCGUGAUGAAACUCAGCGGUGGAGAAUGGUAAUGACAGCAAGGAUCCGCAAAAGGAAGCCACCAUGCUUCAGAAAGGAGUCUUGAGGACUAACUGCAUAGACUGUUUAGACCGCACCAAUGUUGCUCAGUACGCUUACGGUUUGGUAGCAAUUGGGCGUCAACUCCAUGCUUUGGGAUUGACAGUCUACUACUAUUGAUCUAGAUAAUCCUCUGGCUGAAGAUUUGAUGGGAGUAUAUGAGACAAUGGGCGAUACUCUUGCGCUUCAGUAUGGAGGAUCCGCAGCACAUAACAAGAUAUUUUGUGAAAGGCGUGGUCAGUGGAAAGCGGCUACUCAGUCACAAGGUUAUUCAGAACAUUACAACGUUACUACAGUAACGCUUAUAUGGAUGCUGAAAAGCAAGAUGCGAUUAACUUGUUCUUGGGAUACUUUCAGCCACAACUAGAUAAGCCAGCUCUAUGGGAAAUGGGUUCUGAUCAGCAUUACAAUGCAGCAAGGUUUCUUGCCAGUUCUGUACCUGAGAUCUCAAGGUCUACGAUGAAACGAUCUCUAUCAGAAAGUAGCAUCCUUAGUGAGGGCAGUAGUACAGUAGCUGGUAGACAUGGUUUAGGUGAGAAGGAUGAAGAUUUUAAAGGUCUUUCAGAUUCAGCACCUGGGAUCAUCUCAACUUCUAAAACAACUGCCAUGAUUGCUGGUAGUUUCAGUGCUCCACCAGCGACAUUGGAGGAUAUAGGUUUAGACGAGAUACUUGAAAACGAUUGCUUCUGCUUUAAUGAUGAUAGGCGUGGUGGUGACCAGUGUACGUGUGCAGCUUUUGAUAUGGAUUGGGUUUCUUUGUCAGGAGCCUCUUGUGAAGAUGUGAGUUACCGAAGAUCAACAGUGGUUAGAUCUUUUGAAACCAUCCCUGAAAGUACAAAAAUAGAGUGAUGUGUGUCGUUAACGCAAAGUUGAUGUCACUAAGAAGGCUGACCCAAAGGCCAAGGCCUUGAACGCUGUGAAAGCUGUAAAAUCAGGGAAAAUCAUUAAGAAGAAGGCGAAGAAGAUCAGGACGAAGGUGACAUUCCACAGGCCAAAGACAUUGACAAAGGCUAGAGACCCCAAAUACCCACGCAUCAGUACCACUCCAAGGAACAAGUUGGACCACUCCGAAAUCCU